CUAUUUUGUAUUUUUAAUUAAAUAAAUAUUCUUUUCCCUGCUCCCAAAUUCAUUUGAUCAAAUUGUACGAAAAGAAUAAUCAAUGGUAGAUGCUAUUACUAUGGGUUUUAAAUUGAAAUUCUCAAAGAUGUGUAUAUAUCUCUCUCUAUCUCUCUCUUUAUUUUACUUUUUCUCAACUUAAAAAAACACAAUAAAGAAUACAUUUUAAUUAAUUAAUCAGCUUUAUUUAUACGUAAUUACUAAUGGAGCUAUACCUAAUAAAACACGAUCACAUAUAUAUUCAAUACAUCCUAUUCUCACCAUACAUUCAAAGCCCUUAAUAAUUCCUAAUUAGUGUAUUAGACGAAUGCAAAUGAUUACAUUAGAAUUUCUAUAUAAAAUUUAUUGUAAGAGGUAUAAACUUACGUUGUAAAAAUAAGUUUUAGCCACAUAGCUUUAAUUUGUAUAUUUAUAAAAGUAAAGAAAAACAAACACAAACUAAAAUUACCCGUAGUAUAUAAUUGGAGCGAUAAUUGGGUUUUGAUAAGAAUUGUUACUUUUAAUAAUGGAAAUUGCGGAAAAAAUCAUUGAAAAAAGAAUUGGCCUACAAAUAUUGUUUCCUUAUUCUACAAAGAAUUCAGAACAUACAAUUUUUUUUUUGGAAUUAUUAUAAAAUGCAUCGACUAUCAUUAGAAAUCUGAUAAAAGUAUCCUGGAUCACUUGAGAAUGCCAAAAAUGACCAUUCGAAAUAAAAAAGGAAAGGGAAUAAUCCCGUUAGGGGUAGGAUUGCAGCGUUUGUCAACCCAACUUCCGGAAAGGAAAACCCUUCAUUAAAAAUAACACAGAAGAUGUAGAGGAUUUGGUGCAUGCGCUCUUAUGUUUUUCAAUAUUAUUUGUACAGUAUUUUCCUACGAAGUAUUCUCAGUACCGAAUGGCCUUUAAACUUUUCUUAGCUUCUCUACAUUUUGGCGAGGAAACAGAAUUAUAAAUUAUUUAGAUAAAUAAUGUCUGUUGAGAAGGAUAUGGACAACGUCAAUUUAUCUAUGAUUAAUAGAAAAGACAGUGCAAAUGCUUCUAACGACAGCAUCUAUAAUGGUUUGGAAGGAGCAUUAGUUCUUGGUAAAAAAAGUACCUCUGAAGUUAAAUAUCAUACGAGAUACGCAAUAGAAAGAAAACAACAGAAUCAUGAAUCUUUCAAGGAAUCUCUAGAGGAGUUUUUCCUUCCUUGCUGCUCGGAUGAAAACAACGAAAAUAAUACUAUUUUUAAAAAGAUUAUAAGUUUUGUAACGUCUGAACCGUUUAUAUUAACUCUACAUCUGACAGCUGUUAUACUGGGUGUGCUAAAAAUACUAUUGGAGGUUAGAGAGAAAAACGGCGAAGAAAUUGAAGAGGCCCAUUCAGCAUUAGAAUGUAUUGGAGUUUGCAUUGUUCUUGGAUUAAGAACUUGGAUAAUAAACAAUAAUUUUCAUGAAAUUAAAACUCUUCGAAUUAACAUUGAAAAAGCUGAUGAAAAAGAUACAAUCAGAGGGCAAAAGUUAAAAGUCUUUGUUAGAAUAUAUUCCGCAAUAAUGAUAUUUUUUUGUUUAACAUCAAUCGGAUGUACAAUAGCUUUCAAGCUUCUUGCACAUUUAGGUUGGACUAUUCUAUCUAACAAUUGCCUAUUAGCUAUGGGAACUGGACUAUUUGGAAUAGCUUUAAGUUUUACUGGCAGAAAACUAUCGAAGAUAAAAGGAGACCAUCAAAAACUUCUAAUAUGUGAAAUGUCAUUAUUAUUGUCGGAAGUACUUUUGGCUAAAGACAAAACGGAAAAAGAUGCUAUGAAUAAAAAAGUAGAGAAAUUCCUAAAAGCCUUAAAAGAUACACCAGAAUUUGAAAAGCCUCAAUAUCUAAAUUGCGAUAGGAAGAUAACUGAAAAAGAAAUUUCGAUGCUACAAAUAGUUUCAUAUCUCUAGGAAAAGUGCAUUUGUUAUCUCCUGCAUUAUUGUUGUUAAACAUAAAGUCAUUGUUCAAUUCAAUUAUCUUAAAAGUAUUAGUAGAGUAACUAGUUAAAACUGUCUUUUCUGUGAGAUAGUAUUAUCCUCGUUAUCUAAAGACCUUCCGCCAAGCUCUCCUCAGAUGAUAACUGCUUCACAGGUACUUUUUGAGCAAAAUUCGCUUCAUCCUUCGAAUAUCUUAAAAUUUCGGGAGAAAAGCAAAUCAAUUAAUAAAACAAUGGAUGUAAGAAUAUUCUAAAAUAAAAGAAAUAAAUAAUAAUACCGUCUUUGUUACUAUCAAGAUUCAAUAUUAUAGUUCUCUAAAAUAAGGCCUAUUUUACACAUGUUAUUUUCUCAAUCUUCUUUAAAUUACAAUCAUAACAGUUUAUUCACCCUAAAGAUAUUCGCCAGAUGUGACAGUUUAAGCUAUAAAAGAGUAAAUUAGGGAUAGGCCCCAACUAUACUGUAGUUUAAAAUAAGUCAUCUAUAAAUCAGAUAUUAACUUUUAUUCAGUGACAGCACCGAUGAUGAACCGUAUUAAAGCUUUAUUCUCUCUCUCUCUCUCGCUCUCUCCUGCUGAGAGUGUAGGUUGAAUAAUUUGUUUAUAGAAGAAACUAGACACGCUAACUAGAGUCAGAUUAUUCAAGUCAAGCUAAGAAUAUCCAACACUAAUCAGAAUUAUUCUCUCUAAAAGAUGAUUGACAGUAAAAAUUCAAAGGAAAUGUUAUUAUUGGACAUCUGCUAUUAAUAGAUAAGUAUUAAUAGUAACAUAUCUAUCGAUGAUAUAAAAUUUUUAAAUUGUUAUAAUAACAAUUGAUGGAAGUUAAAGAAAGAUCUGAACUCUUUAACCCUGUACAAUUUGAAGGUUUAUGCUGAUUAUUGUAAAAUGUUUACACACGCUGAUUACUAAGUAACAAAAUACAAUUUAUAACUUUCUUAAAGAAUCUAAAAAAUGUCUAUGGGAAACAGCCAGUCAAUAAAUUACUCUAAUAAUAUUGAUGAAUGCUCUUCUAACAAAAGUGAAACUGUACCACAUUCUUGAUUGCUGAAAUAUAUAAUCAGUCAUUAAUGAGAUUCCUAUAUCCUGAGGGAUAGUAUUUUAAUCCUGAGAUAAACUGUGCAAUGCUAAAAUGUCCGUUAUUCUAUUUAAUGGCAGGCUGUUAGGGAGAAUGAACGAAAAGUAAACCUCUGAAAAUACUCUUUAUAGAGGUUAAAGAUUUCGCCAAAGAGAAGAUGAUAAGUUAGUCAAUUGCAAUUCAACAAUAAGUCCUUCAUGAUAUCCAAAAUACGAAAGUGCGGAAUAGAAAAUCGAAUUUUAGCCAGCAUGCAUAAAUCGUUGGAAAUUAGUAUAAACAUAAAAAAAUCUGGAAUGUAUUUAUUUUCAACGGCUCACAUAUUAGAUAGUUAUUUAGGUCACGUAUUGUCUUUUAAAAAUGUAAGAAAUAUAUUUACGUUAUCUACCUUUAGGCCAAUAAAUGAUAAUGGAACAUAUACAAUUAAAAGAAUUGGCUUAUUCACAAUAACUAAUGGAAAAUACAAGAUAUCUUCUUAUUUCUAUUAUCUGGAUAUUAGUUAUUUAUUUCGGUUCUACUCUCAAUUAGCAAUAAUAUUAGUAAUGAAAUGUUAUAGUUGACAAAAAUUCCA